AUGCAGGGUCUUGCGGAUGGUCCCGUCAAGACUCACCUGUUCCGGCUUGAACUAGAUUCACUAGAACAAGCCAUUUCCAUUGCGGAGCAGGAAGACUUCAGUCUGAGACAGGCUCGCGCCAGCUCGACAUCAUAUCGUCAACCGAGACGAUAUGACAACGGAGGUCCAGAGCCGAUGGAACUCUGUUAUGUAGAGAGCGAGAAGGCUCGCUCUACAGGCUACAAGAAGUUGCAGAGAUGCAACAGAUGUCAAAAGACAGGACACUACGCUUACGAGUGUAGUGCCCCUCGUCCAGUGUCUCGCGACACUGGGCGUAGUGACCGUCCACCCAUGAGAAAGGGGCAGGGACGAGGGUCCGCUGUUGGUGCAAAGACGCAACAACGGGAUGGACCGUCAAAAAACGGACAGGAUCAGUAG